AUGGGAUGCUGCUUCUCUGAACCCAUUGACUUCGACAGCGAGGUCACCCUCUACCACUUCGACCUCCACCGCGCCGUCGGCAAGGGUGCCUUUGGCAAGGUACGGGUGGUCGAGCAUAAACGAUCAAAGAAACUCUAUGCUCUCAAGUAUAUCGACAAAGCCCGUUGCAUCAGACAGAAGGCCGUCGCGAAUAUUAUCCAAGAACGUAGGCUCCUCGAAGAGAUUGACCACCCAUUUGUUGUCAACAUGCGAUACGCCUUCCAGGAUGACGAAAACUGUUUCUUUGUUUUAGAUUUGAUGCUCGGUGGUGACUUGCGAUUCCACUUGGAACGCAGGGGCUUCAUCAGAGAGGAAGUGGUUAGAUUUUGGAUGGCAGAGCUGUCUUGUGCUUUGGAGUACCUUCACCAACAACGUAUAAUUCAUCGUGAUUUGAAGCCGGAUAACAUUCUCCUCGAUUCAGCUGGACACGCCCAUAUAACAGACUUCAACGUCGCCAUACACUACUCUGAACGACGCUUGCACUCGAGCGUCGCGGGUAGCAUGGCAUAUAUGGCGCCUCAAGUUAUCAACAAAAAGGGCUAUUCAUGGCAAAUUGACUGGUGGAGUUUAGGCAUCACCGCAUAUGAGCUUCUAUAUCAUAAACGCCCCUUUGAUGGUCGGAACGCGGAGAAGAUGAGGGAUUCUAUUCUCAAAGAACCCCUCAAAUUUCCCGAUGAUGCCACGGGCCCUCGAUGUAGUGAUGAAGCGAUCUUGGCAUUGAAAGGGUUCAUUAAUCGUGAUCCUACCACUCGUUUGGGCUGCCAACCAGACGGGCAAGGAUUCGAAGACAUCCGUCAACAUCCUUGGUUCAGCUGCAUUGAGUGGGACAACCUCGAGAGCAAGACCUGUCAACCACCGUUCGUUCCUGACAUGAAGGCAGCUAACUUUGACGUAUCUCACGAGCUCGACGAAUUUCUGAUGGUCGAGAAGCCUCUCACACAUACGAAACGUAAGGCGAAUCCAGACCUGGAGAAAAUGAAACCUGAACUACGGCAGCUUGAGGAACAGUGUGUAUAUGACCUUGUUCCAAAAUGA